AUGCCAGGCCGCCCAUUGAUCUCAAUCCUAACACGGGGCUCACUUGCCUCUCCCCAUCUGGCCCGCUAUGGUCGCUCUCGAGCUGGCCUGACACCUGCAAGCCGUCGCUCGCUCGCCUCGUUGCCGAACCUGCCUCUCUUCCGCGCCCUCCAGAACCACGACCAAUCCAACCUAGCGGUCGUCCACAGCGCAUCGUCUCGCUCCUUCACGUACGGCAACCUGGUCGCGGACGUCCUGCAGGCCAAGGAGAAGCUCAUACAGUCUGGAGGAGGGCGUCAUGAUAGUUUGUCGGGGGAGAGGGUUGCUUUCCUGGCGGAGAACAGCUACGACUACGUAGUGACGCUUCUCUCGAUCCUCGCCAGCGACGCAAUCGCCCUCCCGCUCUCCCCUGCUUUCCCGGUCGGCGAACUCAAGUACAUCAUGGACAAUUCGCAGGCCAAGGUCCUGCUGGCGACAGAAAAGUACGCCAACAAAGCCCAGGACGUCCUGAAUGCUGGACUCGACCGGGAACCCAUCCUUGACGUGAAGAAGAAGAUCGAAGUGGGGGCCACGAGUCUGGGCCCCUCGUCGGUGACCUUAGAAGACGUUAAAGGACAGCAACCCCGCGGUGGGAUGAUGCUGUACACCUCCGGGACCACGAACCGACCGAAAGGCGUCCUGAUCCCGCAAUCCGCGCUGACGGCGCAAGCGGCCUCGCUCCUCCAAGCAUGGGAGUACACGGCGCAGGACCGGCUACUCCACCUGCUCCCUCUGCACCACAUCCACGGCACGGUCAACGCGAUCGUGACGCCGGUCCUGGCCGGCUCGUCCAUCGAGUUCAUGUUCCCGUUCAACACGGACGCAGUGUGGAAGCGCCUCGCCGCGCCGUUCCUCUCGCCUGACCCACAGAAGAAGAAAAAGGAGAUCAUCACCUUCCUCACAGCCGUCCCGACGAUCUACAACCGCCUACUCUCGUCCUUCCCCACCCUCGACCCAGAGGUGCAAACCUCGGCCCGCACGGCCAUCCGCCCGGAGAACCUGCGGCUGAACAUCUCGGGCUCCGCGGCACUGCCGACGCCCACGAAACAGGCGUGGCAGGCCCUCAGCGACGGCAACGUGCUGCUGGAGCGCUACGGGAUGACAGAGGUGGGGAUGGCGAUCAGCUGCGGGCUGGCGGUCGGCGACCGCGUCGACGGCAGCGUCGGCUGGCCGCUGCCGUCCGUGGAGGCGCGGCUGGUGGACACGGACACGGACGAGGUCAUCCGGCCGGGCCAGGAGAUCGACCCGCGCACCGGCCGCGAGCGCGAGGGCGAGAUCCAGCUCCGCGGGCCCACCAUCUUCCAGGAGUACUGGGCCAAUGCCGCCGCCACGCGCGAGUCCUUCGUUGAAGGAGAAAACGGCCAGGGCGGUGACUGGUUCAAGACGGGCGAUGUCGCGACCCGCCGCCUCGUCGAGGGCGCCGGCUCCGGGGCCAGUGGCGACUGGGCCCGGGGACCCAUGUACUUCAUCCAGGGCCGGCGCAGCGUCGACAUCAUCAAGACCGGCGGCGAGAAAGUCAGCGCCCUGGAGGUCGAGCGCGAGUUGCUUUCGCUCCCUCAAAUUUCAGAAGCAGCCGUCGUGGGCCUGCCCUCCGAACAAUGGGGCCAGAAGGUCGCGGCCGUGGUGGUGCUGAACCCGGAGUUCGCGAACACGGGCGGCCGGAACGGUAAGCCCUGGGGCGCCAUGGACAUGCGGCGCGCCCUGAAGGAUCGGCUGGCGAAUUACAAGUUGCCGCAGGAGAUGAAGGUCCUGAGUGGACCCAUUCCGCGGAAUGCCAUGGGCAAGGUCAAUAAGAAGACGCUCGUUAAGGAGGUGUUUGGUGCUUGA